GAAACUAGAACUGUGGAUCAAGUACAAAAAACACCAUUUGCCUUACCAAAAGGUUAUGAAUGGUACAAUUUGGAUGUUGAUAAUGAUGAAGAUAUGGGUAAAUUGUAUGCAUUAUUAGAAGGUAAUUACGUAGAAGAUGAUGAUGCCAUGUUCCGUUUUGCUUACACAAAGGAAUUCUUGAAAUGGGCAUUGGCACCACCUGGAUAUAGAAAGGAUUGGCAUUGUGUUGUUAGAGUUGAAUCAUCAAAAACAUUUGUUGCAUUUAUUGCUGCUAUUCCAAUGUUAAUUGGAUUACGUCACCAACAAGCUGAAAGUGAAGAAAAAUUCGAUAAGAAUGUUAAAAUGGUUGAAAUUAACUUUUUAUGUGUUCAUAAGAAAUUGAGAGAUAAGAGAUUGGCACCACUUUUAAUUGGUGAAAUUACUAGACGUGUUAAUUUAACAAAUGUUUGGCAAGCUAUUUAUACUGCUGGUGUUGUGAUUCCACGUCCAAUUAGCAAAGCUAGAUAUUAUCAUCGUAGUUUAAAUCCUGAAAAAUUAAUUGAUAUCAAAUUUAGUUCAAUUCCAAGCUUUGCUCGUAGUUUUUCAAAUCCAAUGGAAGUUACAAAGAAAUAUUAUAGAUUGAAUCCAAAAGAAAAGAUUCCAAAUAUUCGUCCUUUAAAGUCGAAAGAUUGUGCUCAAGUUGCUGCAUUGUUAAAUGAUUACUUGUCAAGUUUCAAAGUUGCACCAAUUUUCACAAAGGAAGAAGUUGCUCACUGGUUUAUCGGUAGAGAUGGUGUUAUUUAUUCAUUUGUUAUUACAGGUGAUAGUGAUGAUAAGAUUAUUGAUUUUAUUUCAUUCUAUUCACUUCCAAGUACAAUUAUUGGAAAUCCAAAACAUCAAGUUUUGAGAGCUGCUUAUUUAUUCUUCUACACUUGCAAAAAUACCAAAGUUGAAGAAUUAAUGAAGACUGCUUUAAUUGAAGCUCAAACAAGAGAUUUUGACGUUUUCAAUUGUGUUAAUAUUUUGGAUAAUAAGGAAUUUUUGGACAAGCUUAAAUUUGGUACAGGUGAUGGUUAUUUGUACUAUUAUUUAUUCAAUUACAAAUUCCCAGAUUUGGAACCAGAACAAGUUGGUUUAACAAUGCUUUAA